UCCAAGCAGCUGGACAUAAGCAUUGUACCCGUUGGAGAGGCAAGGCCGCAGAAACCCCUGCUCUCCAGGAAAGAUUGGAUUUGGAUGGAAUUAUACAAGACCAGAUGUGGGUGGGGUUCUCUGCUUCUACAGGCAGUUCUCCUCUGGUUGAGGAUCAUUACAUUUUAGCCUGGAGCUUUGUAACGGGCAAUAAUAAGACUCUGGAUCUAGAUACUUUGCACCUCCCUUCUUUUUAUGUCAGAGGCCCCAAAUUCUAUAAUUCUAUGGAGUUCAUAUACAUUAUUGUAAUAUGCUCAGCAGCUUUCAUCUUGGGACUCAUUCUCGGCAUAUUUUAUUGGUUCAAAAGAACGGAUUACAUAAACUUUACUGAGCAAUGGGAGUUAGAGUGUUGGCCGCACAGAUUUGCUUACCAGGAACUUAACCACAGUACAAAGGGUUUAAGAGACGAUAAUCUUCUGGGUUAUGGGGGUUUUGGCCGGGUAUACAGGGGAACUCUGCCCUUGGGCGAAGAAGUCGCCGUAAAAUGCAUUACAAAAGAUUUUACAGAAGGAAUGGAGGAAUUCAUGGCAGAAAUUUCAAGCCUUGGGCGGCUACAGCACCGGAACCUGGUGCCCCUCAGAGGCUGGUCCAGAAAAAACAAGCGCCUCUUCAUCGUCUACGAUUACAUGUGCAACGGAAGCCUUGAAAGAAAUUUGUUCAGUCCAAAAUUGAGUCUUACUUGGGCCCACAGAUACAAAAUUCUCACAGAUGUAGCCGCCGGGCUGCUAUACUUACAUGAGCAGUGGGACAAAUGUGUGGUACACAGGGACAUUAAAUCCAGCAAUGUAUUGUUGGACAGUGAUCAGAACGGCCGAGUGGGUGACUUUGGUUUGGCAAGGUUAUAUGACCACAGUGAAAAACCCCAAACUACUCAUGUGGUGGGCACUCUGGGGUACAUUGCACCUGAGCUUAUACAUUCUGGUAAGGCUACUCCUUCCACAGAUGUGUUCAGCUUUGGGGCUCUUAUGCUGGAGGUUGCCUGCGGAAGGAAACCUGUAGAUGCCCAAGGAAUGAUUUUGGUUGAGUGGGUUUGGGAUUUGUAUGCAAAUAAGAGAUUAGUGGAUGCUGUUGACCAGAGGCUUGGGGGCGAUUAUGAUAAGGGCGAAGCUGAAAUUGUGCUUGUAUUAGGGCUUGUGUGUUCAAACCCUGAUCCGCGGGAGAGGAUUAGCAUGAGAAACGUGUUGCAGAUUCUUUCUGGUAAGGCUGCUUUGCCUGUGGAUCUUAAUGUACCCUCGGCUUUUAAGCAUUCUUACAUAGACAUUGCAGAAUUCAAUUCGUUCAGUGCUACUUCUUUGGAGCUGUUAGAAUGAUUUUUCAACUGUUUUGCAUUAGGCAACAUCAAACAGCGAGUGAAUUUUUUGAGAAAUUAAAAUUGUGAAAUGAAUUGUUGUCGGUAUGUUAGACCAACAGUUACAGCAUAGGAUGCCUAUUGGAAAGGACAUCAUUCGUCUGAGAGUACAUUCAUAUUUCAUUGUACAUCAUCUUAUGAGAGUAAUGAGUGCACAUUCAUAAUUCAUAAGAAUCUGUUGAAAAUUUUAGCUUUCAAUAAGAAUUGAUAAAUAAGUGAACUUUUUUGAGAUUUA